CACUUCUAUCAUCUAAAGCUUAAAUUUAAAGCCGCAAGAGAAAUUAUUUCCUUCUUCCAUCCUCCGUCUCAGAUCGUGAUCCUGGAAACGGUACCGUGUCUAACUCCCGGAAUGACCAAGGUACACCCUAACAUCGAGGCCACAGUUGCCGCCGUCGAGCAGCCGUCGGUCAAGUGCUCUGCUAAAUUAGAGACAGCUGAUGCUGCAGUGUUAACAGUGUGGAAGAAGUCUUUGCUUUUCAACUGCAAGGGUUUCACUGUAUUUGAUGCCAAAGGGAACCUCGUCUUUAGAGUUGAUACUUACAUGGCCGGAUCCGGUAGUAACGGUGAAAUCAUUCUCAUGGAUUCCGGCGGCAAGCCUAUCUUCACCAUCCGCCGUAAGAGGCUGAGCCUUGCGGAUAGCUGGCUGGUGUACGACAGAGAAACGGUGGUGAAUCCCUUGUUCUCCGUGAGAAAGCACAUGAACAUCCUUAAUACGAAGUGUUUGGCUCACGUGAGCUCACGUACAACCGGCAAUUGCAGCACUAAUAAUAAUGGAAAAAACAUCGUGUACGAAAUAGAGGGAUCGUACGCACAACGGAGCUGUGCGAUGUACGACGAGAACAGGAGGAGGGUGGCGGAGAUCAAACAGAAGGAGGCAGUAGGCGGUGUGGCUUUUGGAGUCGACGUGUUCCGUCUUAUUGUAGAGCCGAAAAUGGAGACGUCAGUGGCCAUGGCUAUCGUCAUACUCCUUGAUCAAAUGUAUGGUUCUUCCAGACGCUUCUCCACCUGAUAAACAAAAAAUCAAAAUUUCGCCAUAUAUUAGUACAGUAUGAUAGCGUAAACAUCUUUGCAUUCUUGAGGAUCGCUGUGGGAAUCGGGAAGUUGUAGCAGCAUCUGCUCCUCCACCGACGCGCGUCCCUUUCACAUGCAAAUACCCACCCAUUUUGCUUUUCUUUUUUUUUUUU